UUGCUGGGAGCGGAGCUGCCAAAGCUGCCAGCCGGAGAGCCAGAGCGAGAGAGUGAGAGAACAAGCAGGGAGCUCUGAGCCUUAGGGCAGGCGGCAGGGAUGAGGAGCAGAAGCAUUAGGGUUUAAGGAACCGCCGUUCUGGAGCAACCCGGCUGCAGAGAGGAAUAGGUAUCAGCAGAGGUCUAUUUUAGGGUCGCAAGUACGGUCUUACCCUAACCGAGAAAGUGCAAGCUUGCGGGGAGCCAGGAGAGGCUGGGGAAAGGGUGCGAGUCCCCGAGGCGUCCCGCAGCCAAGGCGCCCAGGAGGCGGUGUUGUUCCACAGUGGGUGAAGGAGGUGACCGAUCUCUGUCGCCCCGUGGCCGCCUGGAGCAAGAGGAGGAGGAUCUGCAGGACGGAGCUGGAGGCUAACCCCCUUUGCAGGCGGCUGCAACGUGGAGCGACCCAGCCGGGUGUAGGCCACAGCGCGGCCGCAGGAGCAGGAUCGUCGCUGCCUGCUCCGGGGCCUCGGCGGAUCUCCGGGGCAGACAGUACCCCCACCGAGUCCCCGAGAGAGCGGCGCCGGGGCGCAUCUGCCUCCCCGCGGCUCGCCAGGCUCGCCCUCGGCGCGCGCACACGCACGCGCGCGCACAUCCACACGCACACUCAUCCACACACGUGUGGAAGGCAGGGCCGAGCCGCUCGGUCUUUGAACAUCUCAGUUAGAGCCCGGAGCAGCCCCGGCCGCCGCUCUGCGCUCCCUGCGGCCCUGAGCGCCUCCUGCCAGCCCCCGGACCUUCUGGACUCUUCCCUUUUGGCCUAAGGAUCCGAGUUCAGAUCCGCCACUCCGCACCCGAGCCUGACACACUGAACUCCAUUUCUUCUUUUAAGUUUAUUUCUACUUCAGAGCCACUCACCCCCUCCCUUCCAGGGGAAAAAACAAACCUUUCUUACUCCUUAAAGCCCCCUCCCCUUGAGCAUCGCAUAUUAAUAUCUCCACGUUGGGAACGCGCUGCAUUUUCUUUUUUAAAAGGAAUUCCAGUCAGAGACCUUUUUCUAUUGGGCAUUGACUUUCGAUUGCUUUGCAAAAGUUUCGCAUUAAAAAACAAAACAAAACAAAACACAAAACGUUACCUGAUCCGCUCUGAGAAUUAUUGGUUUCUUUUUAUAUUUUUUCUUACUUUAAACAACAACAGCAGCAACGUUUCCACCUUUUAAAAACAUGCACUACUGUGUGCUGAGAACCUUUUUGCUCCUGCAUCUGGUCCCGGUAGCGCUCAGCCUGUCUACCUGCAGCACCCUCGACAUGGACCAGUUUAUGCGCAAGAGGAUCGAGGCCAUCCGCGGGCAGAUUCUGAGCAAGCUGAAGCUCACCAGCCCCCCGGAAGACUAUCCUGAGCCGGACGAGGUCCCCCCGGAGGUGAUUUCCAUAUACAACAGUACCAGGGACUUACUGCAGGAAAAGGCAAGCCGGAGGGCAGCCGCCUGCGAGCGCGAGCGGAGCGACGAAGAGUACUACGCCAAGGAGGUUUAUAAAAUCGACAUGCCUUCCCACUUCCCCUCCGAAACUGUCUGCCCAGUUGUUACAACACCCUCUGGCUCAGUGGGCAGCUUUUGCUCCAGACAGUCCCAGGUGCUCUGUGGGUACCUUGAUGCCAUCCCGCCCACUUUCUACAGACCCUACUUCAGAAUUGUCCGCUUUGAUGUCUCGACAAUGGAGAAGAAUGCUUCUAAUCUGGUGAAGGCAGAAUUCAGGGUCUUUCGUUUGCAGAACCCCAAAGCCCGAGUGGCUGAACAACGGAUCGAACUGUAUCAGAUCCUCAAAUCCAAAGACUUAACGUCUCCAACCCAGCGCUACAUCGACAGCAAGGUUGUAAAAACGAGAGCAGAAGGCGAGUGGCUCUCCUUCGACGUGACCGAUGCCGUGCACGAGUGGCUUCACCAUAAAGACAGGAACCUGGGAUUUAAGAUCAGUUUACACUGCCCCUGCUGUACCUUUGUACCGUCUAAUAAUUACAUUAUCCCGAAUAAAAGUGAAGAGCUCGAAGCGAGAUUUGCAGGUAUUGAUGGCACCUCCACAUAUACCAGUGGUGAUCAGAAAACUAUAAAGUCCACUAGGAAAAAAAACAGUGGGAAGACCCCACAUCUCCUGCUAAUGUUGUUGCCCUCCUACAGACUGGAGUCACAACAGUCCACCCGGCGGAAGAAGCGUGCUCUGGAUGCCGCCUAUUGCUUUAGAAAUGUGCAGGAUAAUUGCUGCCUUCGCCCUCUUUACAUUGAUUUCAAGCGGGAUCUUGGGUGGAAAUGGAUCCAUGAGCCCAAAGGGUACAAUGCCAACUUCUGUGCUGGGGCAUGCCCAUAUCUAUGGAGCUCAGACACUCAGCAUACCAAGGUCCUCAGUUUGUACAAUACCAUAAAUCCUGAAGCUUCUGCUUCCCCUUGCUGUGUGUCCCAAGAUCUGGAGCCACUGACCAUCCUCUACUAUAUUGGCAACUCACCCAAGAUCGAACAACUUUCCAACAUGAUCGUCAAGUCUUGUAAGUGCAGCUAAGAUCCUCAGAAAAGCCACGACACGAAAAUCACGGUGACAAUGACACAUGACAACCACAAUGACGAUGAUGAUGUCUGUGACAUGAGGGAGUUUGGAUUCAUCACUGUUUAAAAAUAAAAGUUGGAGAAAAAGCGGUACUAGUUCAAACAUUUUGCAAGCUUGUGUUCUGUUUGUUAAAACUGGCAUCUGAGAUUACAGCAACAACAAAAAACCAUGGAAGGCUUCAGUUUGCGUUUCACCUACUUCGUGAGAGACACAAAAAGAAAACAUCUUUUUUUUUUAAAGGAAAAAAUAAACACUGGAAGAAUUUGUUAGUGUUAAUUAUGUGAAAGAAAAACAAAACAAAACAGGAAAAUCCGUUUCGUGGAGUUGUACGUAUCGUUUCCACCCCAUAUUUCUCCCCGAGCUUCUCCUGGUUCCUCUGUAUCUCUCUGCAUUGGGCACUUCCCUGUCCCUUCCUCUGAGCUAACAGUGGCUUAUUUAUUGUGUUACUAUAUAAUGAACCUUUCCUUGCCCUUGGAAAACAAAACAGGUGUAUAAAGUGGAGACCAAAUGCUUUGCCACAAACUCAUGGACAGCUUAGAGAAUUUGAACUCAAACCAGCUGGAAACACAGGAAGUCAUGCCGGGAUGGGACCCCCAUGAGUCCUUCUAUGACCGAGCAAGUCUGCAAAAGUAUAGACACCCCCAGAACACGUGCUGUGUGCCAACUGCUAUGGAAGCUUCAGGGGUGGCCAUACACUGAGAAGGCCUGUUAACAAAAAGACUUGGAGUCAGUGGGAAUCUGGAAGAUUUUUUUCUUAAACCUCUUUUCAUUGUAAAUGAUUCUUUGCCAGUUUAAGCAAGCCAGUGAAAUGUUGACCUGUAUUGACGUGUAUUGUCAGACUUUGGACCGUGACGUGGCUGUAGAGCUCCGAUACAGGUUUUUUCCUUUGUCUUGGUAUAUGUAAUCACACUGAUACUAUUAAAAUAGAUGGGUCUAGAAGCCAGCAUAAUUGAAAACACAUCUGCAGAUCUGUUUUACAAACUAUUAAAUCAAAACAUUAACUACUUUAUAUGUAAUAAUGUAGAUCCUUACCAUAUUUUUGAUAUUCUGUAAUAAUGAUUGUGAUUUAGAUUGAACUUAAAUUUGAACUUUUUUUUAAUGAUCAUUCAGAUUGUAUGUUUGUUUCCUUUAGCUGGCCAGUACUUUCGAAUAAAACCCCUAGAUUUUGGCUCGCAGUACAAAUUCAUUGUUUUAAAUAUUAUCUUCUCUGCUUGGCUUUUAUGUAUUGUCCAUUUAAUGGCAUACGAUACCUGGGUCCAUUUUUCCCCCUUUCCUUUUCUUUUCCAAAAGACAUAAAACAAAAACAAACAAAGAGAACCAAAAAGAUAUGUUUAAGUUCUAUAUUUUCUCUCCAUCUUUUCUGGGUCAGUACUAAGUAGACCAGAUGAUGAAGUUUCUCCUGGGAAGACAAAGGUGUGUGAGCACAGAUGUUGUUUUAGAGAGUGUUUAAGAAUCUGAACUCCGAAUCUCGGUGACUGGGCUAGGAAAAAAAUUCUGUAGCUUCCUUUAAUUCAUAUAUUUGUGGAAUCUUAUUACUGUUAAAAAGCGGACAGCUGAAAAGCAAAGGCACCCCUUUCUUUAGUCAGCCUUCGGUUUCAGGGUGAAAAUUGAGAGAUGCCCAUUUUGAGUUUUCCAAAGGGGAAAGGCCCAGGUCACAUUCAUCAUUUCAUUAACUUCCCUGACGUUCAGGUUUGGAAAGAAAUUACUUGAAAGAGCACAAACUAAAUUCCCCCUUGCCAAAAUCUUCGUCCUUUCACCUGAGUGAGAAUGGUCUAGAGCUGAGGUUGGCUGUGGCUUGAGGAGCUAGGUUGUCCUCUCUUGCAGAGCCAGGGCUUGACACUGGGCUUUGCAGGGCAUCCUCGUUACGUACUUAACUUCAAAAUACAAACUAGUCCACAAAACCACGUAUUAUUUAUGGUCUGACCCGAAGGGCAACACGGGGAGGUGUGAAUACAAAGAGAAUUUCUUUGAUAUGAUAUACUUUGGGGGAGAACUUUCCUUUCUAUUCAUUAAGAUGAAGAACAGGAUUCGCAAGCCGGAAGACAGACAGAGCAAGCACUGGUGAACGGCCGAUGUGUCGGGUGCAGCACAGGCCCAGCUCUGCCUUCCCCUUCCACUUUUCUGUUGUUUCUAUAUAAAUCCCCUCGCUCUGCAAAUAUUUUCCUCUCAGAUAAAAUGAUGUUUUUAGUCUGUAUGAGUUUGUCUCUCCUUGAAUGCACUGACUGCUUUUUUCUUUUUUUAAGAUUUCUUGAAUCUUUUUCUCUCAUUUUUUUUUUUAAAGUCUGUGGGGUCUACAGGUCUUUAUUUCCCAUUAGUGAAUAUUGCCAAGGGAAGGGUGGUAGGAGGGGGGUGCAUUAGCAUAUGGGAGGGGCAGCAGGUUGUAAGUGUUAAGCAACAGUACAAUUUUACGGCUGGCAUGGUUUUUAAAGAAUGGACUAUAAGAAUAGCUGUUCUGUGUUUUGAUGACCAACUAUGCUGUAUUUUAACACAAUGUAUGUCUGGUUUUUGUGGUGCUCCU